CAUUUUCCUGCAGGCCGCGGCAUGGAGGGGUCACUGUGCCCUGAAGUCUGAGACCAUGGAAGUGUGCACUAAAUCUUUGUGCUACGAGCUGCUCACUGAGGUGGGAGAGGGCUCCUACGGUAAAGUCUACAAAGCCAGAGAGGUGGGAGGGAAACAGCGCCUCCUGGCGGUGAAGAAGUUCAACAUCCGCGGGGACACGACGGAGAAUGGUAUCCCUGCUUUCAUGAUCCGAGAGGUGGCGCUGCUGCGCAAAAUGAAUUAUUUCAGCCAUCCCAACAUUGUCAGGCUUUUUGAGGCAUCUGCUGUACCAGAUGGCAGGAACUUGAACUUGACCCUGGUGUUAGAAUUCAUUGACCAGGAUCUGUCCACCUACCUGUCUAAGGUUCCUGCUUCUGGACUGAGCUCUGACUGUAUUCAGAAUGUGAUGCAGCAGCUGCUGCGAGGAUUAGACUACCUGCACACAAACAUGGUGCUGCACCGAGACCUGAAACCAGAAAACAUCCUGGUCAGUAGCCAUGGAGAAGUCAAGAUAGCAGACUUUGGACUGGCACGCAUCUACACCUACAAUAUCGCCCUGACUCCAGGAGUGGUGACGCUGUGGUACAGAGCCCCUGAGGUGUUGCUCAACUCUGUUUACAUGUCCUCAGUGGACAUGUGGAGCGCUGGCUGCAUCUUCGCCGAACUCUUCCUCUUGAGGCCACUGUUUAAGGGCUACACUGAGGUGCAGCAGCUGCAAAAGAUCUUUGAAGUAAUCGGUUUGCCCAGCGAGGAGGACUGGCCGAAGGACAGCCCAAUAUCAUACUCUGUCAGCUAUGGACCAAAAGGCUCAAGCACUAAGCUGCUGCAUAACUUGGGACCAGAGGAGAACAGCCUGCUAUCUCUAUGUUUGGCAUUCAGACCCAGCCGUCGCAUCUCAGCCGCCAAAGCUCUGGCUCAUCCUUUCUUCAUGAAGCACUGAGGAUUUCAAUCGAAUGCUGUGCUAGAAGAAGAAAAGCUUCAUCCACUUCUUCUUCCUCCUCUCUCUCUAUAAUAACAGCCAGUCUGGUGCUAUAGAUCCAUCUAAGAAAAAGGACUUUUUUUUACAGACAAUAACAGCUAUUAACAUCAGUUCACUCCCAUCAACUGUGGCUGGGUUUGAGGGAAUACAUUUUAAAAAUCAGGUAAAGAAAAACACAUUAUGCCUGACUUUUAGAAAAGCUUUCAUGCACAACAGAGGAAAAUAAAAUGAUGCUGAUGUAGCUGAAGAUUAGCAUUUGCAAAUAUGAGACAUUAAUGGAGGAUUUCUCCCUCACUUUUGAGCUGCAUUCAUGUAAGAAGAGUUUAAAUGUGUUUUCUUUUGUUUGACAGUGUAAUUUCUCAAAAGAUGCUGCUUUGUUCUUGUUGCAUGUUAAAAAAUUAUUUAGUUUGCCUUCAGCUGCUAACAACACUAAAAUGGGCACCUUGGAGUUGAUACGUUUGUUUUUGUUGCUUCACAGAAGUUUUUUGUAUCCACUGGUGAAGGUGAUGAAUUUGUAUUUUUUUAUUUAGUGAGGACAUUUAUGGUGUAAUUACAUGCAUGAAUUACACCUAUAUUUAUGUUUGUAUUUGUCGAUUAUACAGUAUUUUUAUACAACAGUUGCAGUGUUCAGUCAAGAAACUUGAUAAAAUC